UUCUGAAAGCCUAUGGUUAGGAAAGAUGGCUUCGCUGGUUGUGCGGUCGGUAUGUUUAUGUCUCCUGCUAGCUCUCGUUGUGAGCGCUGCCGAGGAGAAAAAAAAGAAGAAGAAAGAUAUCCGCGACUAUAAUGAUGCUGACAUGGCGCGGCUGCUGGAGCAGUGGGAGAAAGAUGAUGAUAUAGAGGAGGGUGAUCUACCAGAACACAAAAGACCUCCUUCUCCUGUGGACUUUUCCAAGAUAGAUCCCAGUAAACCAGAGAGUAUCUUACAGAUGACUAAGAAGGGCAAGACAUUAAUGAUCUUUGUGACUGUGUCCGGAAACCCUACUGAGAAGGAAAGUGAAGAAAUCACAAGCUUGUGGCAAGGCAGCUUAUUUAAUGCCAACUAUGAUAUUCAGAGAUUUAUGGUUGGGCCCAACCGUGCAAUCUUCAUGUUGCGUGAUGGAAGUUAUGCUUGGGAAGUUAAAAACUUUCUUAUAAGCCAGGAGAGAUGUGCUGAUGUGACUGUAGAAGGUCAGGUCUAUCCUGGCAAAGGAGCGGAUGGCAGUUCACAAAGCAAUCACAGUAAACCAGGGAAAAAGAAGAAUGUUGAGAGCAAAAAAGCAAAAGUAUCCCAAGAAAGUAACCGUGCUUCAUCAGUAAAAGAGGAUUUAUGACAGUCCAUUGCUGAAUAUUAGACUGAACAAAACUAACUUUGUGAAAGGAAAUUGUGUGAAUUUGGACUCAUUAACACACCAAUGCUUCUUUUUUUUUUUUUCCCUUUUUCUAAUUUACAGAUGUUUUUUCUGGUUACAUUUUUGCCAGAAUUCAGAAGACAUCAGUAACCAGUCUUAGACUUUGAGCAGGAUUUCAUUUAGUGAACCAGUGACUAUUGGUCGCCUUCUGAACUAUUUCUUUCAACAGAUUUUAAACUAUCAUUAAGAGUUCAUUAAAGUGUAACCAAAGUAAGUGGGGAAAACUCAUGGAUUGUAGAAAAAAGUGGAGGUGAUUAGUGAAAUGAUUUACAUCUGUCACAGUCUAAAAUUGGUUACACUUUCUAAAACGUUUUUGUUGGUCAGAAAAAAUCAGUCAUAUCCAAUCUUCUAUACACUGAUGCUAAACAUGAAGUAUUCUCUUGGAAUGUGUCAUAGGACAAUAUUUGGCACAGUUAUUUUUGUAUUUUGUUUUUCCCACAAAGUAUUAAAGGAGGUGUGUUUAUUUUUGAUGCGUUGAGUUAAAAUAGUAUCUGAUCAGUCUGAAAUUGUUAAAAUUGUAAAAUAACACGUUUUUUACAUCUUUAAUUUUA